AUGCUGUUCUCUCGCAACGCUCUUGCAGCUCCCGCACUGGCCUCGCUGCUUCUGACAGGAUCUGCCGCUGCUGAUGACGCACGGUCAAGAGCCCAGGAUGCUUUGAAGACCCUCCAGACCUGGUAUAACCCCCAAAGUGGCAUUUGGGAUACUUGUGGUUGGUGGGAUGGCGCUAGUUGUAUGACUACCGUCGCAGAUUUGGCUGCUUUGGACCCCUCUGUUAUGGAUACAGCGACUUAUGUCUUCAACAACACAUUCCACGUGGGUCCAGUGUCGAACCCGCAACCCGGUCCCGAGAAGAAGACAGUCUUUACUCGCGACAACCAGGGAUCUAACUCUGCCAAUGCCUCGCAAUGGCUCGACCAAGCAUACGAUGAUGAUGGAUGGUGGGCCCUGGCAUGGAUUGCCGCAUAUGAUGUUACUAGGGAGCAGACAUACCUGGAGCUAGCUGAGGGGAUCUUCGAGAGCCUGGCCGCAGCUUGGGGUACCAACUGUGGUGGUGGCGGCAUCCCAUGGAACCCUACGAGCACCUACGUCAACUCGAUUACGAAUGAAGUAUUCCUCUCCGUUGCAGCACACCUGGCCAAUCGAGUCCCAGACCGCAAAGAAUAUUAUGUCCGCUGGGCACAAAAGGAAUGGGACUGGUUCACAUCCCAGGGUUUCAUUGGCGAGAACGGUACCAUCAACGAUGGGCUAUUGGAGAACUGCCAGAACAACGGAGCGACUGUCUGGUCCUACAACCAGGGUGUUGUCCUCGGCGGUCUGGUUGAGUUGAACAGAGCAGCACCCAACGACACUCUGUUGCCCUCCGCCAACAAGAUUGCCAAAGCAGCCAUUAAGACGCUGACCGACUCUAACAUGGUCAUUCACGAAUUCUGUGAGCCGCAGUGUCUCCCAGAUGGAACCCAGUUCAAGGGGAUCUUCAUUCGUAACUUGCAAAUGCUGCAAAGAGCAUCUCCGGAUGAGACCUACAGGGAAGUGAUCAUCAACAGUGCGAACAGCAUCUGGAAGAACGACCGCGACGAGAAAGGUGGACUGGGCGUCAACUGGGCUGGUCCUAUUCAAGCCACGGUAGAUGCGUCAACGCAUAGCUCAGCACUUGACGCGUUGGUCGCCGCAGUCGCUCUUAGUAUUCUUUAG